CCGGAAAAGGCAGGAGUAUUUCGCGCCAAAUUGAAACAACGGACCAGACAGUCUGAGCAGUUGAACCGGACACUGCCUGUUAACUUCUCUGUCUGUAUCCUCUCGGCCAAGUUUAGUCACCAUGGAAGAGGCCAACAAGCUGAUCGGCGCGGGCAAGAAGCACCUGGUAAUGGGCAAAGUGGUGGAGGCGGUGAGCGCCCUGCAGGAGGCCUGCGGCAUGCUAGCUAAACAGUAUGGAGACACAGCAGAUGAGUGCGGAGAAGCUUUCUUCUGGUGUGGUAAAGCCUUGCUGGAUCUGGCACGGAUGGAGAACUCCGUCCUUGGCAACGCUCUGGAGGGAGUCCCUGAGGGCGAGGAUGAAGAAAAAACAGAAAAAGAGUCCAAUGUUGAGAGCACAGAAAGUGUUGAUGAGAAGACCAGGGAUGAGCUGAGGGUCCAGGUGUAUGACGCCAUGGCAGAGAAGAAAAACGAAGACGCAGAGAAAGCCGAAGGGAAGCAGAGCGCAGAGAAGAACGGUGACGCGGAGAAGCCCGAGGCUGCAGAGCAGAAAACAGAAAAGGAAGAGGGAGAUGAGAAAAAGAAGAGCGACAUCAGUGAAAGCAAAUCUGAUGAAAAGAAGGAAGAAGAACCAGCAGAUAAGCCAGAGGAAGCUGAAGAUGGCGAAGAAGAAGAGGAGGAGGAGGAGGAAGAAGACGGUGAUGAUGCAGAGAUGGAGGGCGAGGCAGAAGGACAAGGUGAAGGAGAUGAGGCUGCUGAAAAGGACAGUGACGAUGAGGAGGUGGGGAACCUGCAGCUGGCCUGGGAGAUGUUGGAAGUGGCUAAAGUCAUCUACAAAAGGAAAGAGGCGAAGGAGGAUCAGCUCAUGGCAGCCCAGACUCACCUAAAACUGGGUGAAGUUUCUGCUGAAUCAGGAAACUACACACAAGCUCUGGAGGAUUUCCAGGAGUGUCUGAAGCUGCAGCUGAAGCACCUGGACUCAGACAGCCGCCUGCUCGCAGAGACUCACUACCAGCUCGGUCUGACGUACAGCCUGAACCUCCAGUACAGCCAGGCCAUCAAGGAGCUCAACAGCUCCAUCACCGUCAUAAAGAGCAGGCUGGUAAAACUGCAGGAGCUGAUAGACAAGGCCGAGGGCCCCGAGGCUCUGCCAGCUGAGAGGAAGGAGAUGGAGGAGCUGAAGGCUCUGCUGCCAGAGAUCCAGGAGAAGGUGGAGGACGCCACUGAAGGCCUGAAAACGGCGAGCACAGACGCUGAGGCUAUGAAGGGUGUACUGGAUGGAGGUUCCACUUCCUCUGCGUUCCCCGCCUCCACUGCACAGAACGCGGACACUUCCUCCACUUCAAAAAUUAACGGCACAUCAACCAAUGAGGUCAGCUCUACCAACGGACACGCCUCCACAGCUCCGGUCUCAAACAUCUCCCACCUGGUCAGAAAGAAGAGGAAACCAGAGGAGAGUCCAGUGAAGGAGGGUGUGGUCAAGAAGGUGAAGCAGGACGACGCUCAGACUAACGGAGUAGAGGAGCCUCGUACUAACGGCGUUCACAAAGCCAACGGAGACACUAACGGACACACCAACGGUAUGGAGGUGGAGAGUAAGUGAAGCGGGUUUUUAAGCCACGAAGAAGAAAUCCACCAACACACCAAGCUCUUACUGCCGCUACACUCGUUUGCUGUUGUAAAUAUGUGUAUCUUUUUCUAUACCUGUUGUAUGGGUGUUUUGUCCACAUAUGUAACCUAUAAAAGUUCAAUAAAGAAUAUUGUUUCAUAAAA